UGGACCGUCCGUGAGCCCCGUCUAAUCUGGGAAAAAGGGACUUUUUAGCGUCUUCCUCGGCCCUGGGAAGACCAUGGCUCUCUCCUGGAUCUGUCGAGAGUCUUUGCUGGUGAUUUUGCUGCAGAUCGUGCUGAUGUGCUCGGCUCAGAGGGGCCCGGUCGGUCCCAGAGGCCCCCAGGGGCCGAUCGGAGUAGCAGGCGUGCCCGGAGUGGACGGCAUUGAUGGCGACAGAGGAGACGACUCCACGGUGAACGGAGGACCAGGUCCUGAUGGUGACAACGGCAGAGACGGAGCUGCAGGAGCCGCAGGCCUUCCGGGCGCAGAUGGACCUGUUGGACCUCCUGGAGGUUCAGGCACAGUGGGCCUCAAGGGACCAAAAGGAGAUUCUGGGCCACAUGGGCCUUCUGGAGAAAUGGGUGUCGGACCUGAUGGGCUGGAUGGCAUCCCGGGUACCGACGGGCUGCCAGGGGAACUGGGCAAAAUUGGAACACCUGGAGCAAGAGGCAAGAGAGGUCAAGUGGGUCCUGCUGGUGCUGCUGGGCCGCGGGGUCCUCCGGGUGUGUAUCAAGGCGAGGACCUGUGUCCCAACGCCUGCCCCGCUGGACUCAAUGGACAUUCUGGUCUCCCCGGCAUGAAAGGCCACAAGGGGGUUAAAGGGGAAUCUGGUGAGCCCGGAAGACAAGGACACAAGGGAGAGGAAGGCGAACAAGGACUGCUGGGUGAAGUUGGAGCUCAAGGACUACCAGGCCAAGGUGGAUCAAGAGGUCUCCAAGGAAUAACUGGCUCCCAAGGAGACCGGGGACCUCGUGGGAUACCAGGUGAUGGAGGUCCUCGGGGGAUCCAGGGAGGCCCAGGCGACCUGGGUCAAAGAGGAGCCAUAGGUGAGCCCGGACCAGCGGGAGUGCAGGGGGAUCGAGGUCCGUCUGGAAUCAGUGGAGUGCCGGGACCAAACGGAGAGCCUGGCCUCGCUGGUCCAGAUGCCCGUGAUGGAAUACCUGGUCUGCCAGGAUCCAAGGGUCUCACAGCAAAGAAUGGGGCUCCAGGUGAUGCUGGCCCACAAGGACUUCCUGGUUUGCCAGGCGCUUACGGACAGAAAGGAGUCAGUGGUGUAGUGGGUACCACAGGUGAUCCAGGUGUUGUAGGACUGAUGGGGUCUCCGGGGAAACAAGGCGAGCGAGGCGAUCAGGGAGAAGUGGGACCGGUCGGAGCCCGAGGAGGACCAGGUGGACGAGGAGAGAGAGGGCAUGGCGGGCCUCUAGGAUCACCAGGACCCAGGGGAGGUAAAGGGAACCCAGGCGUCCCCGGACUUCCUGGCCCUGCUGGUUAUUAUGGCCAGAAGGGCGUCAGGGGGGCAGUCGGUCUCGAUGGUCCAAAUGGAGAUCAGGGAUCUGCAGGUGCUGAAGGAACACCGGGAGAUGUCGGGGAACUGGGUGAUCAAGGAGAACCAGGAGAGAAAGGAUCGACGGGCCCACCGGGAGAGACGGGGAAUAAAGGAAGUGAGGGCGGCAGAGGUCAGGAGGGGAAAGAGGGCAAGUUGGGCCAACCGGGACCACGUGGCGUGCAGGGCGACAUGGGGGUACCGGGCCUGCCGGGGACGCAGGGACCAGCGGGAAAAACCCCAACAGAUACACACAUCAAACAAGUCUGCAUGAGAGUAAUGCAAGAGCAGCUGGCCCAGCUAGCAGCUAGCCUGAGCAGGCCUGAGUCCGGCAUCUCUGGGAUACCCGGCCCCCCCGGCCCGCCUGGACCUGCAGGCCCCACCGGAGAGAACGGUUUCCCUGGACACACCGGAUCUCGAGGACUGCCCGGUCUGAAGGGUCCAUCUGGGCUAUUAGGUCGCAAAGGACACAAAGGGGACAUGGGGGACAGAGGGGAUAGAGGACCCAUAGCGAGAGGACCCAAAGGAGCACCAGGUGCCCCCGGUCAACCAGGUGAAGCCGGGCGAGCGGCUUACGGCACAGAAGGCCGUGACGGAGAGCGAGGGCCCCGCGGCGUUCCCGGCGUCCCCGGAGUCCCCGGGCCUCCCGGCACCGCCGGCGUGAACAGUUACUGCGAGUCGUCACAGUGCAUCCUGCCCAUGGUCGCGUCGCCGGUUCCUACAAAGGACUCCGGCAUGAAGGGCCCCAAUGACAUGUGAGGAGCUGGAGGAGGAGCCAGAACCGUGGAGCAUCUGUCCGUGUUUGUCUUUAGUUUCUAUUCUGUGAGCUCAUCUGGAAAAGUCAUUUAGUCGUCUUGAAGCAGAUCUUUGUGGUUAUAAAGUGACAUGAAGGUGGACACUGAAAAGCAAACAUUGGCUUUACAUAAAAGUUUCAUGUUACCUCACCUUGUUGUUGUUGUCUCUGUGCUGUACGAUUAGAGGAAUGAAGAACUCUGUUUGUACAAACCGGACACAUUCCUCUUUCUGUACGUUUAUGUAAAUGUUUCAAUACGCAAAUUAUACAGCUGGAAGACGGACAUUCUGUUUGUGAGUAUUUCUGUUGUUUGUCCACUUUAACCCCCCCCCCCCCCUACAUGUUUGAUAACUGCUCUGUCAUGACAUCAGAUGUUCUUGUGGAAACCUCUCUGGCAGUUUUAUAUGACUUCUUAUUUAUUAUAUCAAGGUUCAAGGCGACAUCUUCGAGUUGUACAAAGGAGGAAAUAAACACAUUUUGAUAA